UGUUGUCGUCACACAGUUACGCAAAGCUUCAAGUGCUGUCCACAGACAGCAUGUCCUCCAACUCUGUCUGCUAUUGUAGGUUAAAUGAACGCUAGCACAUGAGCAUCCUAUUAAUCAGGAUUGAUAGAGAAAGAGUUGUUACCCACUGGGAGAAAGGUUAAGCGUUCAGUAGAUCUUAAGGGAGUUCAUGAAUUCAUGCUGUUUAACAAAGCUGACGGUAACAGAGGCCUGAUUAGCAGCUAGCUGACAUUUGACCGAGGUUUGCAGGGAAACAUCACAACACCCCUUCUCCACUGUCUUGCUGCAGUGGUACAGUAGGCCCUUAACUCAGUAUGCACCCUGACCUGUCCCCUCACCUGCACACCGAUGCGUGCAAUGUACUGAUAACCCAGCUGAGGCAGUGCCACGCCGAUCACAAUGUCAUGAAGUUUUUCGGCACAUGUAAUGAUGUGGACCGGGCUAUGCGUGAGUGCCUGAAGAAAGAGAGACUGGAAAAGAGAGAGCAAAGCAAACAGCACGCACGGGACAUGAAAAAGAGGCUGAAAGAGGGACCCAAGGAGGAGUUCUGAAGGACAUUUGACAACCAUGUUGCCACUGCCAUUCCUAGUUUAAAGAUGGUGGGACUGGAAUGAAGCAUCACUGUGUUCAACAUGUCUUCUGCUUUUGUGUUAUGGAGACAGAAGAAGGGUUGUAGCCUCUGUCUGUAAAUGCAAAGCUGUGUGGGUUUUAUUAACAUCAACAGUUUUGAGUAUCACAUGAAUGGAAACAUCAACAAGUGCAAGGCCUUGUUAUUUAUAUUACUGCCAUUACUUCUAUCAAGAUUUUUAAGGUCAAAGCCUAAUCUUCACUAGGACUGAUGAGCGUAUUUGUCAAAUGCUGGACACCGCUCACAAAAAUCCAGAAAUCAAGCCUUUGAUUUAUUGCUUUUCUGCUGAUAUUCAAGUGAAUGGUUACAGUGAGUAACGAUAGCCAAUCUCUAUUCUUGAGCAAACUAUCAGUGAUAAAUGAAAUACGUAGUAGCUGUAUUCCUGUUACUAUUAAUACAGCUACUAGUGUGAUGAGUCAAGCAGCUAUUUGUUCCGGUCGCUGGGUUGUUUGUGUUCCCACUGCAAACGAACCACUCCGGAGCUGGACGAUCCAGGUGUGAAAAUGUCCUUGAUCUACUUUGGUCUAUCACACUCUAUUUAAUCUGCAUCGACUAAAACUUGCUCAACAUUAAAACCAACUAGUGCUUCUGAUUAAAGAUCACUGUUCAUCAUUUGUGCCCCCCCCUAGCAGAACAUUACAGGUCUGUCAAAGAGAUAAGUGUAGCUGAUGGCUGAGCCCUUUCAUCAAACCAUUAUUUUAUUCAGCAGGACUCCUCAGGAAUAUUCUGGUACCUGAAUUAUUAAUGAUUCAGGCGGGGAGAGUCCAUUUCAGGGAUGCAUCAGAAAGGCAUGUGAAAAAAAAAAGAUUCAAAGCCGGACCAGCAUUAGGAAACUGUGUGUGAAUGUGCUCAUUCUUGUUUGAAAGUGUAUGUGAAGGGAGAAUCAUAUUGAUUCGAUAAGUUCUUUCAAAUAAAGUGAUUUCAUGAUGUUGA